UGAACUGGACGGAGGUGAGCUUUACCGAGGACAACCAGCAGGGACUGGGUGCAGAGUCUCCUGACCCACCAGGCCCAGGUGCGCGAGCCCACCCCUCCUCGGUUCACUCCUUCCUCUGCCACCAAAACGAAAUCCAAAACGCCAUUGAAAAUGUGAAGAAGAAGAGUCGAAGCAGGGUCACCACCAGCCGCCCUGUUCCUUAUCCGGGUCGGACUUCGACGAGUUCCGGCGACUAUGUCGCUCGCUCAUUCCAUUCUCUGUAAACCCAUCUUCUUCGCCAAGCCAUCCUCCCUCUUCCUCUUCAACAAGCGCAGUCAUGCCUUCCCCUUCUCCUCCUCAUCCCUCUCUGCGAGCAAAGGUCACCGCAACAAAGCUACGGCGACGGUGGUCUCCCUCCUGGAGGUUGGUGGUGUCAAAAUUGAGAAAAGUGAUGUGGUGAGAGAGGACGAUCCGGGAAACAACGUCCCCGACACCAUAUUCUCGAAGAUCGGGUUGCAGCUGCACCGGAGGGACACGCACCCGAUUGGGAUACUGAAGAAUGCGAUUUUCGAUUACUUCGACUCUAAUUACCCGUCUCGUUUUGUUAAGUUUGAUGAUCUCUGCCCCAUUGUUUCAGUCAAGCAGAAUUUUGAUGAUGUACUGGUUCCUCCUGAUCAUGUCAGCAGGAGCUACAAUGAUACAUACUAUAUAGAUCCUCAUACUGUCUUGAGGUGCCAUACAAGUGCUCACCAAGCUGAGUUGCUUAGAAAUGGGUACACUCACUUUCUUGUUACUGGAGAUGUUUAUCGCAGGGAUUCAAUUGACUCUACUCAUUACCCUGUUUUCCACCAGAUGGAAGGAGUCCGUGUUUUCUCUCCAGGUGAUUGGGCAGAAUCUGGCUUGGAUGGGACUAGCUAUGCAGCAAUGGACUUAAAGAGGUGUCUUGAAGGUUUAGCACGCCAUUUGUUUGGUGCUGUUGAAAUGCGUUGGGUCGACACCUAUUUUCCCUUCACGAAUCCAUCAUUUGAGUUGGAGAUAUUUUUUCAGGAAAAGUGGAUGGAGGUUUUGGGUUGUGGGGUAACUGAGCAAGAAAUAUUGAGAAGAAGUGGUCAAACAGAUAAAGUUGCGUGGGCUUUUGGGCUUGGACUUGAAAGACUUGCAAUGGUUUUGUUUGAUAUACCAGAUAUUCGACUUUUCUGGUCAACAGAUAAGCGUUUUACCUCUCAGUUCUCUGAAGGGAAACUUGGGGUCAAGUUCAAGGCUUUCUCUAAGUUCCCUCCAUGUUAUAAAGACAUCAGCUUUUGGAUCAGCGAUUCAUUCACAGAAAACAAUCUUUGUGAAGUUGUCAGAGGUAUUGCUGGUGAUCUUGUUGAGGAGGUGCAGCUGAUUGAUAACUUUACAAACAAGAAAGGAAUGACAAGUCACUGCUACAGAAUUGCAUACCGUUCGAUGGAGCGUUCCCUCACCGAUGAAGAAAUAAAUCAAUUGCAGUUCAAUGUUAGAGAACAAGUUCAGACGAAGUUGAAGGUGGUUCUAAGAUGAAGUCCUCCUCCACUUGCGAAAGCCAUUUGAGCAAAAUAAUUAAGUUUUUCUCCACCCCAGCCCCCUUAGACGAGAGGAGAAGAGUGUAGAAUUUUCACCAGAAUCUUAUGACAAGUUUUUACCAUUAAAAGAGAAAUGAAUUAAUUGAAA